UGUGGAUCUCUCAGCUCACUGCCAGCACUGUGGAGUGUGCAAAGAGAGAGAGAGGGAGGGAGAGAGAGCGAGCGAGCGAGCGAGAGAGCGAGCAAAAGGACAGAGGUGGAGGGAAUACGCUUGGAUUUGGAUACAACUGGAAAACUACCAAGCGCGCACAGCACGCACCGAAAGGGUUCAGGCAACAUUUCACAACACACACUCUCCCCAGUCCUCCCGCGAUCGGAUUCGGCCGAGAAUGGAGCUGCCUGCCGCCGGAGAGCACGUCUUUGCGGUGGAGGGCAUCGAGAAGAAGCGCAUUCGGAAGGGCAAGAUAGAGUACCUGGUCAAGUGGCGAGGCUGGUCUCCAAAAUACAACACAUGGGAACCGGAGGAAAACAUCCUUGACCCGCGGCUCCUGGUCGCGUUUCAACACAGAGAGAGGCAGGAACAGAUGAUGGGAUACCGUAAACGGGGGCCGAAACCAAAACAUCUCCUCCUCCAGGUGCCCUCAUUUGCCCGAAGAUCCAGUAUUCCUGCCAGUUUGGAGGAAGCUUCACAGGAUACAGACAGCAGCGUCAAGUCCGACCCCAUCCAGGUCCCACGCUCACAACCUCAGCAGUACCAGCUGAACAGCAAGAAGCACCAUCAGUACCAGCCCAGCAGCCAGGAGGUCCCUGCCGAUCAGCUCACGAACAGCAAAAAGAAGUUCAUAUACCAGUUGAACAGCAAGAAGCACCACCACUAUGAGCCUGACCCAAAUAUGUACGACGCACAGGCCUCAAGACUGAAAGAGGUGGUCAAGGUCCAGGAACCUGCCAGCAAGCUGUCAAAUCCUGGCUGGAACUUACCGCUGGCCCUGCAGCAAAAAUGGGUCCGGGACAAAGACACCGGCUGCUUGAGCAAAGUCAAAGAGCUGGCGGUGGAGGUGAGGAAGCCAGCUGUCAAAGAGGCAGAGAGCGAACAUGCCCUUAAACCCAACCCGAAAGAUGCAACCCUUCCAAGUGCUAUUAGCAGCAAAAUGAAGAUAAUCAAGAAUAAAAACAAAAAUGGACGUAUUGUUAUUGUCAUGAGCAAAUAUAUGGACAGUAACAAGGUCCACGGAGCAAAGGGUAAACAUGGGGAAUCAUCCAGGGAAGAGAAACCCCAGAACGCCAAACCGUCUGAAAACAAUCCAGCACAAAGAACCAAAAUGGCAGAGCACCCGGAGAACGGUAUCCCCAAAGAAAUAUGUAGCGGCAGUACCCUCACCGCCGCGGAGCACCCUAUCAAGUGUUCCCCGAAGGACAGGCAUUUCUCCAAGCCUUCGCCGAGCACGGCAGAGGAAUACAACACAGAGGUGGCUCGGGGUCAGGCCGAUCUUCCAGACGAUCUGCCCCUGCAGCUCACGGCGAGCUCCCCCUCUUGGACUACUGACACCAACAUCCCAACCCCUACAGCCGUUGACCAGAUAAGGAUCCCAUCCUUCCCUGGUGACCGCAAGAGAAAGCUAUCAGAACCUGUGGAGGACAGGAGCGUGGCCAAAGUCUACCUGACUUCGAGGACUUUAAGUGCGCCUGAACCGGUGGUGACGCCACCUCAGGACAAACCCAUGGACCUCCACUGCAGCGGCCCGCGCCACAGCAGUAUAUGUACAUAUGAGGCCUUGGGCAGUCAAGAGGAGCCGAUGGACCUCAGCUGCCCCAGAGCUAAGAAGCAGGUUGAAGCAGAACUACAGCCAGAGCCUGAGCCAGCGCCUGCUGUCACAGAGACACCUCCUGCAACAGAGACAAACACACAAAAACCAGCAGGGGAAUCUAAAAAACAGCCCGUUAAAAAAAUCUCUCCGUUUAUGGGAAAUAUCAUCAUUACCGACAUCACGACAAACAGUCUGACUGUCACCUUCAAGGAAUACGUUACCUUCUGAGAAUCGCUUUAUAAAACGUGACUAUCAGUGACUGGUGAAAUGAUCCUGUUCAUAUGUACAUAUGUAAAAUUGUCAGAAUUUUGUAUAUGUGAAAAUUUAUAAUUUAUCAUCCAAAUUCAAUAUGUUUCUUAUAAUGUUUUAUACUGUAACUCCUCUGUGAUGUUGUAGCCAAGAAAGUGCCCUCGAGGAUUUGAGCGAAUGCAUUCAGGUGGAAGCAUUCCACUUAAAAUAAAUCUGUUUAUUUGUUGUAUGGAGCUAAAUGCUGUGUUUCAUACCAGUACCAAACUUGUAACCUGAGAUGUAUGAAGGUUUAUACAUAUUUUGUAUUAAUAAUAUCUCUUAUUUUGGUCCUAAUAGACAGUAGAGAGGAAGUUGUCGAGUAUAUUGUGAUCAAAGAUCAAAUUGAAAGCACUUAAUUCCAUCUUCAUACGUUUGCUUGUGGACAAACAGCGACAGUCUUAUGUCACUUCUUGUUUUUUUUUUUUUUUUUUUUUUUUUUUUGUCAGUGUCAGGUACCUGGAGAAGGAAUCGGCCCGUUCAUUUCCAUGUUUUCUUUGUGGCUUGUUUAGGGAAAAAUUUAGCCAUGACAUGCAAAUUUUAAAAUGCAGGUGUGUCUGGAUACACAGUGAUAAAUGUGGGACACACUCCACUGCUUCAGCCACCUCGAAGCAACGUCCCGGCCCUGCAGCUUGUCAGGUUUCAUGCUUGAGGUGCGGCGAAGCCGCCAGCGGGUCUGCAGUUGCAAUCUGAUCGAUUAAUAUAUUGCACAUUUUACACUUAGGAUUAAUUUUAGAAAAAAAAAAACAUGAUGCAUACAGAUCAGUUAAUAAUAAGAGAAUCGUGUCAUUUGUCAAACAUGUGACCUCUGUUAUAACGUAUUGAUUCAUCCAGUCAUGAGGUUGUGAUGUAUUAUGAUCCUGCUGACCCCGCGUUAGCCUGGUGUUGCUUUAAACCUGCCAUUCCUGUUGGUUUGCUUACAGUCACAUGGAUUUACAGCGUUCAUCUCAUCUCAUCUCGCUAUUGAAGCUAAUGAUAUGAUCUGAAGAAGAAAUGUGAGCACUGUUAGUUUUAGAGCGCUUCAACUACCAGGGUGUUUGACGAGUAUGUUAUAGAGAUUAAAUGUGGGUUGCGAGGCUGACUUUGUAUACUGUUACAUGCAAUCCAGAAAGUGCACGCUGUUGUGAUUAUGCUGCUGGAAAUCGAAAUAUCGGAGGUGUUGGAUGUAACCCGCAUUUGAGUCUAAAUGGCCUUCUACGCACAUUUAAUGCAGAACCAGUAAGAAUGCUAAUAAUAACGAUGAAGAGUGCUUAUUUAUUGACAUUUAAUGUUUCUCAAAAACAGUUACAAAAUGUUUGUUGCAUCAGAAGCUGCAAUGAAUCAGUUGAAUAGUUUCACCUUUUUGAAUGAUGUUGAGUCUGCUACUUUUUUUUUUUUUUUUUUUGCACUCUGUUGAAAAAUGAUUGUCAUAAAGUAUGUUAUACCAGAAGCUGUCUGACUUAUUGUUGUCGCAGCCUGUUGGAUGGUAUGUUUCCCAAUAAAGAAAGAGAUUUGACCUC